CGCCCGCGCAAUGGCGAUUGUUAUCUUUUCAUAGCGACAAUAAAAUAAAUUUAAAUUUUAUUCUAUUGAAUAAUGGUCGAUUUAUAAGGAAAACAUAUCUAGAAAAUAUUAAAAUGUUUCAUUGCAGAUAAAAAAUGUAUUCGCCGAGGCAAAAGAUACUGUGGUUCGCCUUUAGUACAAGAAUUGCUGUGAUAAUUAUUCAAGCAAUAUCAAAUAACGUAAUACCGGACCACGAUGCUAAUGUUUUUAUCAGCCCUGAGGACCCCGCGUUGCGGCAUUCGUUCGCGGACACAGUCGUGGAUAAGUUACUCGGUGGUAUGAAGAGAUGGGACGCUCAAUACUUCAUACAUAUUGCACAAUACGGAUACACAUACGAAAAUUGCUUAGCUUUCUUUCCAUUGUUCCCACUUAUUGUAAGAUAUGUUGCAUAUGGAAUAAGCAGCAUGUUGGGAUCAUUUUUAAACUUCCACAGCGCACUAUUGAUAUCUUUCACUCUCGUAAACCUUGUAAUGUUUAUAAAGUCUGCUGACAUACUGCACAGACUGAGCCUUAGGAUCUUGAGAAGUGAGUGCAAAGCAUACAAGUCGGUCAUAUUGUACUGUGUCAAUCCUGCUAGUAUCUUCUUCUCAGCUCCAUACUCUGAGACACUGUUUGCAUGGAUGUCAUUUUAUACAAUGCUAAAAUGCACCGACAAUGAGACACUCAGAUUUGCAAAUAUAGAUAUAAUGAGUGGUGUCCCAGCUGGAUUCUCAAUGAUUGCCAGAUCUAAUGGAAUUGUUAACUUAGGUUUCAUAUUCUAUGCAAGUUUUAAAAAUGUUAUAGAGAAAACUCUACCUGAAAUUGUGUACAAAUAUAAAACUUUGAAGCGUAGAAUAAUUCUUCCAUUCUUGUUGUUACCAUUGUUCACAUCUUUUGUGGCACUCAUGUUGACUGUGAUAAUAGCUCUGAUACCAUUCCUGCUGGUUCAGGUGUACAAUUAUUUUAAAUAUUGUAUUCAUAGUGAUCACAAUCUUCCUGAAUUCUUGUCAAAUACGGAGUAUGUCCUUCCAGGUACGGCGGAGAGCCCCUGGUGCAAUAGUACACUUCCACUCUCAUAUUCCUAUAUUCAAAGUCAUUACUGGGAUGUGGGAUUCUUAAAGUAUUAUAAAUUUAAACAAAUUCCCAAUUUUAUGUUAGCUUCACCAAUUCUAUUCCUAAUUCUAUACCAUUGUAUGUCUUAUAUAAAAAAUAAUCUGAGAUUAUGUUUUAGGCUUGGACUAAGAGGAAGCACAUUUAACUAUGGAUAUUCAAAUAGGAUGGCUUAUAGGCCAAAGCAAUAUUCUAAAGGAUUUGGGGCCAAUGAUCCUGCAUUAUUUGUGUAUGUAGUACAUGCAAUGUUUUUGACUGUAUUUUCUAUACUUUUUGUACAUAUACAAGUGUCAACUAGACUCUUGGCUUCUGCUAGUCCUAUAUUAUACUGGAUAUGUAGUAGCAGAAUGAAUGUGGGUCCUACUCCAACUUCAGACCAAAACACUAUAAAUGAGCAUUUCCGGCGAAUUGGAAUUGGAAAGCGCAUUCCCUCCCACCACUUGUCCAUAGCUAAUCUAGAAGGAGUAGACAACAUGUAUAGUAAAUGGAAAACAUUCCUUAUAUCCAGAAGGAUGCCAGACUUCCAGUCACGCUUGAUACAGUAUUACUUUGUAGGAUAUUUUGUAAUAGGUACAGUUUUCUUUUCUAAUUUCUAUCCAUGGACAUGAAUAAAAGUUUAACUCUACAAAUACAUAUCAUAUUUACGUAUCA